AUGGCCACCGUCACACCAGCCGAUAGUAAACAGAGCGAGGAGGGCUCUCUGGAGGCACUGAAUGUCCUUCUGUGCCUAACAGGAUCAGUGGCUACUAUCAAAUGGGUGCCUCUCGUCCAGGCACUAACACAACAAGGAGCUGCGUUGAAAAAGCGAGUUAAGGUCAAAGUGGUGGCCUCUGAGCGAGCCUUACACUUCAUGUAUUUGGACGGGAAUACGGCAGAUGUUGAAGUCUAUACUGAUGAUACGGAGUGGAAUGCUUGGCAGGGUCGGGGUGAUCCAGUUACACAUAUCGAUCUGCGUCGAUGGGCGGACGUGGUUGUCAUAGCACCGCUGUCGGCGAAUAGUCUUGCUAAGAUUGCCAAUGGUAUUGCGGACAAUCUUCUUACUAGUGUUGUUCGGUGCCUUGAUUUGAGUCCACAAGGCUUGUUGAAGUGCCCCGUGUACAUCUGUCCGGCAAUGAACACCAUGAUGUGGGAUAACCCUUUCACUAGAGAACAUCUCAAGGUAUGUCUCUCGAUGAUGGGCUUCCGUUUGAUAAUGCCUAUAUCAAAAACCCUCGUGUGCGGCGACACAGGCUUAGGAGCAAUGGCUGAACCUCGGGACAUCGCAGCGGCAGUGCUUGAGGGUCGAUCGGGCGAUUCUCUGCCUCAGAGUUGGUCAGAAAACCAUAGCCUGACGCCUGGGCUUGCAAGCACUCCUGUUGUGAUGGGACGCAAGAACAAGCAUUCGGAAGGCGGCUCGAAAAUAUUCCGUCCAUUCUGUUAUUACUGUGAAAGGGACUUCGACGACGAAAAGGUUCUCAUACAACAUCAGAAAAUCAAGCAUUUCAAGUGCACUACAUGCCAACGGAAACUUGAUACGGCAAGCGGUCUGGUUGCUCACAUGCUCCAAGUGCAUCGAGAGACGCUGAAUAAAGUACCAGGGGCGAUAAAAGGGAGGGAAAAUCCGGACUUGCAAGUUCGUGGCAUGGAGAACGUUCCAAUGGGUAUGAUACUUGAUAGGGCGAAAGGAUCGGACAUGGAGAAUUUCUACAUGAGGAAGCACAUGGAGUUGAAACAUGAUGCAUUGCCGCCACCUCGUCCAGCUCCAGGGUUACCGUUCAUGCCCGGGAUGUUCAUGCCCCCACCGCCUGGCCAGAUGCUCAUGGGCAACCCUCCGGGUGCUGGCCCUCGAGGACAGACCCCUCCUCCUGGGCUGCCGGGGUUGGGCAUGCCACCGACCCCCCCGAUGCCGCCGUUCUUCAUACCGCAACCUGGUGGCCACCCGACAUCCGCGUCCCCCUCCAAUCAGCCCCCGCAACAGCAGCAGCAGCCUCCAAUGGGUGUGCCGACCCCGCCCCCUUUCCCAGGCUUCCCUCCCCAACCCGCUGGUGCCUCGGCACCUGGCGUGGUUGCGGCCGCGGCUCCCAUGAACUUCCCGCCUCCCCCUGCUAUGAUGUCGUCACCUCCACCAGUUGCGCAUGAUGAUGAUGCCCCAAAGCAAUACGGCGAUCAAGCCAGCAGCGCGGCAGCAGCAGCGGCUGCGGCAGCGGCGGCAGCAGCAGCGAAGUUGCAGGGAACAACCUCUGAUGAGGAUCAGUCGUCGUCGUCGGCCCAAGGUGUCCGCCUGGUCCACGGUUCGGGCCAUCUGGCUGGGAUAACUCUGACCUCGUAUCAUGAUGAUCUUCAGAGGGGCGAUCAAGUGUGCUUCGAGGAGAUGCGUGCUCACGCGAUGCUGAGUGCGGCUGGGUAG